UGUUUACACUCCAGACUGUGCAUAUCAUCAGCCUGGUCCGCGACGCGACACACUAUGGCAGGACAUGUGCUUGUUGUUAUUCUUCUAUUAGUGAUGUCAUGCGCAACUGUAACUGGUGCUCCAAAGUGUGAGGAUGAAAUAAAGUGUGAGGAUGAAAUAAGAAUGGGCAGUGCUUGUCAGAAUUCUACCCUAGCGGGAUGGAACAAGGUGUAUAAAUCAAAAUUUCAACUCCUGGAUAAAAGUCUCGAUAGCAGUUUCAAAAGUAUGGAAAGAACGAUAAAAAACAGACUUGCAAGAGAGUUCAAACCUUUGUCAGACGAAAGUGGACCAGACAGCAAUACAACACAGGACGUUUUACAACUAGUAAUCGACGUGCAAAACUUGAGAAGAAACGCUAAUGAAAUUUCAUCAAACUAUGCUGAUUCAGAGGCAGUAAGCGUUUCCAAUUUAGAAAACAAGACGCUAGCUCAUCGCCACCAGUUGGCGAGUUUUACAGACUCUCUACACACACUCUCUAACAGGGUGGUACGACUCAAUCGUACGGUGACCGUUAUUUCUGGUUCAGUCAGCGGGACAAACACCCCCGGCAGCACGAGUUCAACAAUCACAGAUGGAACAAUUCGUUUGGUUAAUGGCUCCACAGUGUUUGAGGGAAGGUUGGAAAUAUACCAUUCUGGAGAGUGGGGCACAGUAUGUGACGACGGCUGGCAGCAAAACAGCAAACAGAAUACCGCUGUGGUGUGUACACAACUGGGACAUAGCGGUUAUGGAAAAUGGCAAAGCAGUGCUCCCUAUGGCGGAGGAGACGGUCCUAUAUGGAUGGAUGACGUCACAUGUGGACAGGAAGCGACUUUACUAGUUGACUGUAAAUUUAGUGGCUGGGGCACACACGACUGUAAACAUACCGAGGUUGUGGGUGUGCGUUGCGACCCUCUGGUGUCAGCAACGUCCCCUUCCACACUACCUCCUACAAAGGUCUCCAAAGUCCUUGAGACGUCCUCGUCCACUGUUCCUCCUACACCAACUACUCCCAUGGCCGUUGAAGGGGCCGUCCGCCUGACAGGAGGGCCUACCGACUCGGAGGGUAGGGUAGAGAUUUACCAUGACGGUCAAUGGGGCGGCGUCUGUGACGACGACUGGUCCGAGACUAACACUGCCGUUGUCUGUCAUCAACUGGGCUACAGAGGCGGACGAUGGCCAACUACCCGGUACGUCGAGAACAUCACCAGCACCUAUAGGAUUGAUGACGUUAUAUGUGAAGGGACAGAGGAACGUCUGGCCGACUGCAGAUACAGUGAAAGGUACGACGAACUUUGCUAUGAGAGGGAUAACAAUCAGGUGGCUGUCAUGUGUGACACGUUUGGAAAGCAAACUGGCACUGAAGGAGACGUCCGCCUGAUUGGAGGGCCUUCCGACGCGGAGGGUAGGUUAGAGAUUUACCAUGACGGUCAAUGGGGAGUGGUUUGUGACGACGACUGGAACUACACUACUAACGCUAUGGUCGUUUGUCGUCAACUCGGCUACAGUGGUGGACAAUGGCCAGGUACAUGGCAUGGAACAAGCUCUAGCUACUAUUGGAUAGGCGACGUUAGUUGUGAAGGGACAGAGAACCGUCUAGCUGACUGUAGGUACAUGGAAAGUUAUAACCGAAGUUGCGAUACCAGGGGACGCUAUCAAGUAUCUGUACAGUGUAACAUAAGUGUGUCGCUAACAACGUCUACAGCCCUAUAUGUCGGACAGACAAACAGCACAUCUCCUAUCCCGACAGUCCGAGAUGGAACAAUUCGUUUGAUGAAUGGUUCCACAGUGUUUGAGGGCAGGUUGGAAAUAUACCAUUCUGGAGAGUGGGGCACAGUAUGUGACGACGGCUGGCAGCAAAACAGCAAACAGAAUACCGCUGUGGUGUGUACACAACUGGGACAUAGCGAUUACGGAGAAUGGCAAAGCAGUGCUCCCUAUGGCCAAGGAGAUGGUCCUAUAUGGAUGGAUGACGUCACAUGUGGACAGGAAGCGACUUUACUAGUUGACUGCAAAUUUAGUGGCUGGGGCACACACGACUGUAAACAUACCGAAGAUGUGGGUGUGCGUUGCGACCCUCUGGUGUCAGCAACGUCCCCUUCCACAGUACCUCCUACAAAGGUCUCCAAAGUUCUCGAGAAAUGCUCGUCUACUGUUCCUCCUACACCAACUACUCCCAUGGCCGUUGAAGACUUGCCACUUCCUGAAAACGUACGACUGUUACGUUUUCCUAUGGACACUGUCACACUAACCUGGGAUCUACCGGACAAUGAUAUGGAUAUGAUUGGUGUGCGUGUCUACUACACAACAGUAACUAGCACGCCAAUCGACCAAUGGGAAUACAAGCAGCUGUAUGAAGAGGCGAAGACGGUGACAGUCACAGGACUUCUUCCAGCAUAUUCUUACGCAUUCCGAGUUCAGACGAUAUAUGAACAGGGAAGUAGUGAAUUAUCAGGGAUAUUGGAAUCUUCAUACAAAGAUGGAACAAUUCGUUUGGUUAAUGGCUCCACAGUGUUUGAGGGCAGGUUGGAAAUAUACCAUUCUGGAGAGUGGGGCACAGUAUGUGACGACGGCUGGCAGCAACACAGCAAACAGAAUCCCGCUGUGGUGUGUACACAACUGGGACAUAGCGGUUACGGAGAAUGGCAAAGCAGUGCUCCCUAUGGCGAAGGAGACGGUCCUAUAUGGAUGGAUGACGUCACAUGUGGAAAGGAAGCGACUUUACUAGUUGACUGCAAAUUUAGUGGCUGGGGCACACAUGACUGUAAACAUACUGAAGAUGUGGGUGUGCGUUGCGACCCUCUGGUGUCAGCAACGUCCCCUUCCACAUUACCUCCUACUAAGGUCUCCAAAGUUCUUGAGAAAUCCUCGUCUACUGUUCCUCCUACACAAACUACUCCAAUGGCCGUUGAAGGAAAUAUCCGUCUGGUUGACGGUACCACACCGAACGAAGGGCGAGUAGAAGCUUACCACGACCAUGCGUGGAGUCAUAUAUGUGACGAUCACUGGGAUGUCAGGGACGCUGUAGUUGUCUGCAGGGAACUAGGCUUCAGUGGAGGUAAACCCGUGCUCGGAUCUUACUUUGGCAAGGGCUUUAGCUCUAUGGUACUAGUCAACGUUUCCUGUACCGGUAAGGAAGCUAAACUGGAGGAUUGUCAGUUUGGAGUCCUGGCGUACACUAACUGUGGACAAGCAGAGACAGCUAGCGUUAGAUGCGAACCAUUUACAUCAGAUAGGUCGACCUCUAUUACAGGUGGGACCGAAAAAGAGAUGAUUUGCGACCUUGCAGAAGUUGACAGAUGUUCAGAGCAUAUUGCCAGUUUCAGACAUCUACUGACAGGGACGGGUAGAGUUGUCGUCGCCAUGUGUCAAAAAACCUAUCCUACCUUCGUCGCGUGUCUCCACGGCCUUCCCCGAGGGUGUAAAAGCGCAGAUUCCUAUGAGUCUUUGGAGAUGAUUCGCCAACAUUUUCACCAAAAGUGUUUGCAGCUGUAAUGGUACGUUCUCACAGCCGAUUUGACACACAUUUGAUACACAUCAGGAUAAAAAAGGCCAAGUCAUAUUAAGAUGUUUUAAGAAUAAAUUAUA